CCGAAGAUCCGGCCUCAUCCACCACCACCUUCGCCCGCCGUCUCCCUCCCCCACUCGCGUCCCGGCCGUCUCCUUUCUUUAAUCAAAAAAAAAUCUUCCCGAAUUCUCCUCCAUCCCCCCACUAAUCCCACCGGUGAUCCCUUUCCCUAAUGCUAACGAUGAGCAGUCGCCGCGACUUCUCCACGCCUAACCCCUCUCCUCCCUUCCGCGCUUCUUCUUCUUCCUCUCCUUCUCCUUCCUGGCGUUCCGUACUGAUUUGGUCGUCGCGCCUGGGUUCGAUUUGACCGCCCCCACCACCUGUCGUAUCCGCCCGUGCAACCGCUCCGGCCGUUCGUUUCUUGGUUCCUGGUUCAUCGGUUUUCUUGCGCUGGUUUAGGGAUUAUUGGGAGCGAUACUUGUACAGUUCUGCACUCUGCGUACCAUGUGAACAAGUUUGAAGAUAGGGCCAUAUCUGUGCUGCCGUGCAGCACAAUGAUAUCUACUAAGACGCCACAUUGGUGAUUGUUGUAAUUAUAUUGUUCAAAAGUAAGAGACGUUGAAGAAAAUCGACAUAGAUUUGUGACGGUGGAUACUGGUUAUGGAAGGACUUCCCAGAGCCUUUACUGUUAUGGAGAUUUCAUCACAUGAACCAUCAGAAGCAGAAAUUUUAAUUGGACAUGAAGAUGACACAGAAUUGACACCUUGCGAAGGUAUGCAAUUUGAGUCUGAAGAUGCUGCAAGGGAUUUUUACAGCUUGUAUGCGAGACAUGCAGGUUUUCGAAUUCGGAUCAGCAGGUAUACCCGCUCCAGACAUGAUAAUUCAAUCAUUUCUCGUCGUAUUGUAUGCUCAAAGGAGGGAUUUCAUGAAACACGUAACUGUGAAGGCCUCCACCCUGACCAAAAACAGCAAGAACGGACAGGUACUAGAGUUGGUUGCAAGGCUAUGAUAAUGAUAAAAAAAAUUGAUCCUGGCAAAUGGGUAGUUACUAAAUUUGUGAAAACCCAUAAUCAUGGAUCAGUUCCACCAAGAAAACUUGAUAUUAGGUCAGCACAUCAGGACCUUAAUCCAGUUGAAAAGCCACAUUCUACCGAGGAAGACUCUGUUGAGGAACCGGCUGAGGGAAUGGAAUUUGAUUCUGAAGAAGCCGCGAAAUUGUUCUAUAUAAAUUAUGCGAGGCUUAAUGGUUUCCGUGCGCGUAUUAGCAGGUAUUGCCGUUCAAGACGUGAUAAUUCAAUCAUUUCUCGCCAGAUUGUGUGCUCCAAGGAAGGCUUCCGUGAAGUUCGAGCCAAGAAAGAGAUCACAGACGAAGGGAAAACGAAGCGCCCAAGAAUGAUAACCAGAGUUGGUUGCAAAGCUAUGAUUGUAGUGAAAAAGAUGAACUCUGGAAAAUGGAUGGUAUCUAAAUUUGAGAAGGAGCAUAAUCAUUCGUUGUUAUCUUCUAAACAGGCCCCUAGUACAUCGAACAUUACUUCUGGAGAAAAUGCUGAAUUUGCUGCAAAGAGUUCAGAUCCUGAUGAAGUGAAGGUUGAGGAAUACAGUGCAGGGAUUCAAUGUAAUUCUACAGAUUCACUCACUGUACUUUACAACCAAUUAUGUCAGGAGGCUAUAAAAUUUGCGAAAGAAGGAUCAGUCACAGAAGAAAUUUACCAUGUGGCGAUGUCUGCCUUGAAAGAGGCAGCAGAGAAGGUUGCUCAAGUCAAAAGUUGUCAUCCAAUAAUGCCGCACCGUGGAGUUUCUGGUAGUGAAAGUAAACAUAAGGUCGUACAGAUGAAAACUAUGAGUGCUUCGCAAUGUUCAGAUGUGGCCAAACAGAAAACAACACCUUCGCAGCUCACGGUGUUUCAAGAGUCUGUGUCCAAACUAAUGUUCAUUCCUACCAACCUGUUGACUGAUUCCGGCUUAGCUAAUUCUGAUAGCAAUCAUCCGUCAUUGUGUGCUUUCACCUCAAGUGGGAGACAAUGCGGGCAUGGAUCAGAAUGUUCCUAUUUGCAUGCUGAGAACAGAAAGGAGGACUGUCCUGAGAAAUAUCAGAAUAGCACUUCGAGUCGGGCAACACAGGGAAAUCAUUCAACCUAUCAUGGACAUUCUGAAGAAACUACAGUUGCUAUUCCUGCUAUACCUCUGACGCUUCACAUGCCUUUGCCGAGGAAUUCACCUGGAGCUUCUGCUGAUGGACAGUACAAAUUGUUGGCUGCACCUAUCGAAGCAGUUCCAAUUUCAUACCGCCCUGCAGAACCCAUCAGACAACCAAAAAGAAGUUUUUGUAAUUUAGGUCCAUUGCCAGGUGUUAUGUCUGAACUGACCAGGCAAGAAAAAGGUCCACACCCUCUUGUGCAUGCUACAGCUCUUGCUUGUGGUGCUCGUGUUGUUCCUGUUGAGGAGGCAGCUUCGCUGAUCAAGGCCAUCGAGUCCAAGAUCAGAUCUGGAGGGGCCAAAAUAGCAAGAUUACCUUCAAGCAGGUUGACACGUCUAGUUCCUGAGGCGAUCUCCAUGUCAUCGUCUAGUGAAGAUGGCGAGGAGAAUGACCACAGUGAGCCACCGGCGGUGAAUGUCGAAGGCUACUGCCAUGAUGAUCAGAUAUCUGAGGAAAUGAAGUUGCAAGGUGAGGCAUCAGAGUUGGAAACUGAUUUUGAGAAUUGUUCUGGGCAUGAAAACCAUGAUACUGCUGAUUGCUGACAGAUGAUGACUGAAGGAUGAAAGUUGUCUGAAGAUGUAUUUUUCUGAACCAUAAAGCUGUAUGAAGAUCGAAGCUACCCUGCAAGGUAGUAAAUUUAUACUAUAAUUUAAAACAUUUGUGUAUAAUUGGAUUUAGGAUUCUAACCACUUGUCUCAUGUCGAUUAUAGACUGUAAUUGGGUUAACUCAAAUAGUUAACUCCAUUGAAGGGUUUUGUAAAAAAGAAAAGAACCACCCUUGCAGUGUUGGUGGAUAAUCUGUACAUGAACUACUUUUAUAGAAAGCAAAGAUAAAGGCAUUCAUACUUCCA